AUGACUCCCUCCUCCUCCUCCUCCUCCUCCCAACUAUCCACAUUCCUCCAAUGGCUCUCCUCCAACAAUGUCCACAUAGAUCCCCGUAUCCAAAUUGUCCACACCCCCAAAACAGGCUACACCGUCCAAGCGCUCAGUGACAUACCCUACGGCGUCCGUGUGAGCAAAACCCCAAAAUCUGCAGUCUUGAGCGUCAGGAACUGCACGCUCUCGGACACCCUCUGGCCGUUCCUGAAACCGCUGGAACCGAACAUAGCGCUCUCUAUCGCCCUCCUCUCCGAACAGCUGUUGGGGAGGGACAGCCGGUUCUGGGGAUAUCUGCAGUCUUUGCCUGAGGAAGCGGAUAUUGCCUUGUUUUGGAAAUUGAAGGGGCAAGAUGGGGAGGAAGCGCUCCUCUGGCUGCAAAACACCGAAGUCUCGGCCAUACUGCGUACUUCGCUACUCGCAGACCUCGACCGCACAUACACGCAAGUCGUCCGCCCCGCCCUAGCCCAGUGGAGCCCAACGAUCGACCGGUUUAGGAAAGCCUACUCCCUCGUCUCGAGCCGGGCGUUCCAGGUCGAUUCCUGGCACGGGGUUGGGCUUGUUCCUGUUGCGGAUGCGUUCAACCACUCGGAGGAGAAUGGGGUGUUUAUGGAGACAGAUUUUGCCGUUUGUACACAAUGCGGUUCCCUCGGCCCCUGCGCACAUCCAGAGCACACACCACCUCAUUCCUCCCCUUGGGACGAACCCAUGACCUGCGAUAUGGUGACCUAUGCGCCUCUCAAGGCUGGGGAGGAAGUGUUUAACUCGUAUGACGAGAAGGGGCUGGGGAACGCUAAGCUGCUGGUGUGGUAUGGGUUUUUGCUCGAGGGGAAUGGGGAGGAUCGGAUUGGGUUUGAAAGGGAGGUGGAGGGGGUCUUGCGGGUGGGCGGGGGAGAGGGAGAGGGAGAGGGUGAGUGGAGCGGGAAGAGGUGGGAGGAGGUGAGGGACGUCGCCGCUGGCUUUGGGGAGGAGCUGGAGGAGCUGGAGGCGGUCGUUACCCCUUCUGAAUGGGUGGAGGUGGGCGAGGAAGAGGACGAGACGGAGCCUGGAUCGAGCUGGAUCGACGCUGAGGGCCGGGUGUCGCUCGCCCUUUUCCUCCUGCUUUUUGCUAGGAACUCGACCGAGGAGAGGGAUAUCGCUACCCAUCUGCAUCUUGUGAUCUCGGUUAUGAAGCUGCUUGAUCAGCCGGGGGAGAAGGAGACCGUGCUGGCCGGGAUACCCAGCGCGGUACUCAAGACGCUCAAGGGCGUGGCAAAGGAUGUACAGAGGUUAUGUGCCUCGAAAAUGGAGAACAUGUACCGUCCGGAACUUACGACAUCGGACUUGGCUGCAAUGCUUGACACCCAUCUGGGACCACGGACGAAGCUCGCUGUGUCUUACGUCGUUACCGAGCGGCUGAUGCUCGAGACGUGCUCAAAGCGGUGGCAAGAUCUGGCAGAGAGCCUGAACGAGUAA